CUGCAGUGUGUGUGGGGGGAGAAAUUCAUCUUAUCCUCAUUUCAGGACACAGUUAUACAAUAGCCUACACACAUGCGUGGUCUUUGUUAUUUUUUCCUCUCAAUCCUGACCCAAGUGUCUUCCAGCACCUUGAAAGUCAUUGGGCACAAUGUCACUUUGCCCUGCAAGUAUGACACCCAAUCUCAGAGUGUCUUGAGUUUCUGUUGGGGACAAGAGACGGUGCCCAUGUCCAAAUGCUCCAACACCAUCCUCUCCUCCGAGGAUGGGGCUGUACAAUUCAGGCAGUCCCCCAGGUACCAGCUGCUGGGCAGGGGGACAGACAUCCUGAACGCUCAGUGGAGUGGUGCUGGUGUGUAUGGCUGCAGGGUUGAGAUCCCUGGGUGGUUCAAUGACUAUAAGGUCAACACAUACCUUGUCAUGGAGGAAGCUCCCGUGGAACAACAUGUUACCGAUGCUUGGACACUUACUACUGGUGGGACACAAGGCCAAAUGUAUGAGUAUGAAAUGAUGAGCGGAGAGAUAAUUCUUAUUCUGUUUCUUUAUUCCUCUUUCUUGUGUGAACGAGUUGGAGGAUGGGUGUAAUGCUAAGUGUGGUUUCUAUAAAGACAGAAACAAAUACAAAUGAAUAAAGGAAA